AUGGACGCGUUGUUCGUGCCUCUAGCGGGUGCCGUGGGUGCUUCAGUGGACCAGGUUAAGCUCAUUUCAUGUCUUCUCAUUGCCUACCCUCUUGGGAGCGUCUUCGUACGCAUUCCGGCCGACAAACCCACCUUGAGGCAUCUCUUCAAUAUCAGUGUUUCCUUGUUCUACUUUUUUCCCAUGUUGGGAAUGUAUACCGGUUUUCUGCAAUUGUUAGGUGAUAUUUUGAUAACCUACUUCGCGGCCAAAUUCAGUUCGACCUCCAAAGUUAUGCCGUGGUUCAUCUUUUUAUUCAUUUUGGGACACUUGAUGUUCAACCAUAUCAUACGUGUCAUCUAUGACCUAAGUUACGAAACAAUCGAAGUGACUGGACCUCAAAUGGUGCUUACUAUGAAAUUAACGACAUUUGCCUGGAAUGUAUGGGAUGGUCGUCGGGAUCCGAAGGAUUUAGACAAAUGGCAGUUAGAAAAAUCUGUCCGCGAAUUCCCGUCAUUGCUCGAGUUCCUAGGCUACGCUCUCUACUUCCCAGGUGUCUUGGUCGGCCCCUCACUGGAAUUCACCGAUUACAUAAACUUAGUUCAUGAAAGGACCUUCACUGCACCAGGCAAGCAUGAAGGGGGACGUCGUCUUCCAGCGGGUAGGAAGCGUGUGGGAUACCGCAAGAUGGUAACAGGCCUGGCUUUCCUUGGUGUCUUCGUCGUUUUCGGAGGCUCGAAUAACUACUCCGUGAUGGUCACACCAUGGUUCGCAGAGCAAAGCUGGCUGAAAAGAGUCCUUUUGGCCCAGCUUUACGGCACUUGCGAGCGAACCAAGUACUACGCUAUCUGGACACUCACAGAAGGCGCAAGCAUUCUUACUGGGAACGGCUUCACUGGAUUCACCUCUACAGGCCAGUCGACAUGGAACGGUGCAGCAAAUGUUAUUCCAACCGUCAUCGAGUUCCCAAGCAACUUCAAGGUCUUAUUGGACUCGUGGAACAUGAAAGCUAACGUAUGGUUGAGGGAAUGCGUGUACAAAAGGAUUACACCCAAAGGCCAAAAACCCGGAUUUUGGAGUAGUAUGUUGACGUUCGCAACUAGUGCCUUCUGGCAUGGCGCUCAAGUAGGCUACUACCUCACAUUCCUUAUGGGUGGCUUCAUAACCAGUGCAGCGCGUCUUGCCCGCAUGAACUUUCGUCCAUUCUUCCUUCCUGCUGAAGGCCAGCCCAUCACAACAGCGAAACGUCUAUAUGACUUCGUCGGCGCUCUUAUUUCUCUACUAGUGCUGAACUACGUAGCGUCACCCUUCAUGCUUCUUACUUGGGAAAAUUCUAUCACUGGAUGGACAAGACUCGGUUGGUAUGGGCAUGUCAUUGUCAUGGGUUCGUUGUUGUUCUUCUACGUCGGUGGAUCGGGAUUCUGCCGUAGUUUGCAGAAGAAACGGGGCAUUUCUUCGAAGAAAGUUGCGUCGGCCUCCGGAGCCGCCACUCCAGUUGCGGAAAAGACUUUUCAGGUUCCCCCCGCGCUUGACAAGAUUGUUCCUCCUCCGAUAUAG